GCCACCACCACCACCACCACAUCCUUGGACGAGGAAAUUACAAAACAGCCGGAAAAAUAAAAAAACUCCGUCUACACACAACAACAACAACAAGACGAUUUCUCCGAUUAGUUUAAUCGUUUUACAGAUUCGAUUCGCACGUCUCCCUACCUUUUCAUUGAACUUCUAGGAGCUUCAUUUAUGACAAUGGAACCUCGUCAGGUUCAGAGAUCAGGUUCUAGGGAGCUAAGUAACUUAGCUCGCACUUCUUCAACCCCUUCUACACCUAACCCUUCUUCAUCUUCUUCAGCAGCAUCAGAAGUUGCUUUCAUGAGAUCAGAGAACAACAAUAACAGCACUCAGUUCAUGUCUAAGCCGUUAGGACAACAACAACAAACCUACCAUUUGCUUUCUUCCAGUAACGGUGGAGCUGUUGGACAUAUUUGCUCUUCCUCAUCCUCUGGUUUCUCAACCAAUCUCCAUUACUCAUCUAUGGUGUCUCACGAGAAACACUACUUAGGAAGCAGCAGUAAUGGCCCUGCAGCGUUGAGUAAUGAUAGUUCUUGGUGCAAUGAUGAUUCACUGCAUGGAGGGUUUCUUGACUUUCCUGAAAACCACCACCAGGCCAGCCAGGUUGAGGACGGUGGCAUUGGUUCGGCGUUUGAUGACAUUCAGAAACGAAAUGAUUGGCAUGAAUGGGCUGACCACUUGAUCACUGAUGAAGAUCCUUUGCUAUCAACUAACUGGAAUGAUCUCCUGCUUGACACAACUUCCAAUUCAGACUCAAAGGAUCAGAAAACUCUACAAGUUCCACCGCAGCCACAGGUUGUUCAGCAGCAACCUUCUCCUUCUGUGUCUGUGGAGUUGCGACCUGUGAGCACAACAUCUUCAAACAGUAAUAACGGAACAGGCAAGGCACGUAUGCGUUGGACCCCAGAGCUUCAUGAGGCUUUUGUUGAAGCUGUCAACAGUCUUGGUGGCAGUGAAAGAGCUACUCCUAAAGGUGUGCUUAAGAUUAUGAAAGUUGAAGGCUUGACUAUAUAUCAUGUCAAAAGUCAUUUGCAGAAGUAUAGGACGGCUAGAUAUAGGCCAGAACCAUCAGAAAGUGGUUCGUCUGAGAAGAAGUUGACACCGCUUGAACAUAUAACAUCUCUUGACUUGAAAGGUGGGAUGGGUAUCACCGAGGCUCUGAGACAUCAGAUGGAAGUACAGAAGCAACUCCAUGAGCAGCUCGAGAUUCAAAGAAACCUGCAACUCCGAAUAGAAGAACAAGGCAAGUACCUGCAAAUGAUGUUCGAGAAACAAAACUCUGGUCUAGGCAAAGGCACAGCCUCAACAUCAGAAACGCCUUCCAAAUCCGAACAAGAAGACAAGAAAAUCACUGAUUCAAAGGAGCUCGCACCAGAGGAAACCAGGAAAUGCCAAGAGCCAGAUUCUCCACAGCCAAAGCGCCCCAAAACAGAUAACUGA